AUGCGUUUCAGCGUUUUCGUCACCCUUCUCGUGGUCGCCUUUGUGGCUUGCUGCUCCAACUUCGCCAGCGCCGAAAACGUCGCUGUGGCCAGUGAAGGUCGUCGCCUUCGCGCUGAGCAUGCUGUCCCUGCUGUCCCUGCUAUUAAUAGCGUCGGUGUCAACAAAGACAAUGUCGCUAAGCUCGCCGGUGGAUUUCUCGAGAAGCUGAAGACGAACACGGCUUUGACGAAGGCGGUUAACGCUAUCAGGGCCUCUGACGGUGACGAGGUUGCCGUGAGACAGGCAAUCACAGCAUUCGCGGCCGCUAAGGAGAGUGCUAAGAUGAGCGACGAGGGUAUUGCCAAGAUCUCGGCGAUGAUGGCUGACACUGUGCAGAAGAACCCCAAGUCGUGGCCGCGUCUCCGCAAGUUCGCCAAGAUUACGCUUGGUGCUACUAUCGGUGGUUUAGCUAUUUACGGUGCCUACAAGGCUCUGUUCGACCGCAAGUCUUCUACGGCUGAGACGACUACGACGACAGGUUCAGCGUAA